AUGGCGCGCGUAGCUAUGACAGGGACCGCGGCCGCGGACCCGGUGGCGGACGGGGCUGGUGCGCAAGCGCCGGCCACCGUCGUGCCGCCGGGGAUGCGCAGCGGACCCUGGAAUAGCUACGAUCGCGCGCAACUGCAAGACGCGGCUGAUAAGGCCUGGCUACCCAUCGAGGUCGACCUGAAGCACGAGAAGGCCGCGGGCGACCGCGAGUCUGUGCAGGCGGCGGAGCGCUCGUUCAUCGAGCGCACCGCGCCGCGGAAGAAGGAGGAGCUGACGGAGGAGCAGAAAGAUGCUCGGGCCGCGGCUCGCAGGGCCAAAAAGGCCCGGCAGAAGAAGAACAAGGCGGAGAAGGCUGCGGCGGCGGCGGCUGCGAGCGAGGCCGAGCGUGCGGACUACCCGCACGCGCAGCUGCGCGAGAACGUCGAGUUCGUCAUGGACGGCCUGGAGGCUGCGACGCAGGCGGCGCGCAUCCCCACCGGGUCCAAGAUUCAGGGCAGCGGGUUCGGUGACAUGGUGUACGCCACGGUCCCUAUGGGCUCCGUGGCGACGAAGGUUGCCCGGGACUGGCUCGCUAGCGAGCUCUACGAGCCGUCCCGGCGAGGCAAAAUUGAUGCGGCCUGCAGGGACCGAAAGGUUGCCGAGCUGAUCACGGCUGCCGGCGCCUCGGCGCCGGCCGACGCCGUGUUCGGCGGCAGGUUCGCGACGGGCGAGACGCCCCGCCCGACGACCUCCGCCUCCGAGGCGGACGAGGGCGACGGCGGCGAUGGCGGGGCCGAGAACAUGUCCUUUGACUUAUUCUAG